AUGUCUGAAGUGAAAAGAACAAUUAGAAUUACCACUGAACAACAUAUUUUGAAAGAUUUACCACCGGUGGAAAACUUUCCCAUCAGAGAAUGGUCGAUCGAAAUAACCAUGUUGGAUCAGUCAGGAAAUGAAAUUCCUGCCAAUAUUCUCGAUAGAGUAACAUAUUCAUUACAUCCAACUUUCGUGAAUCCUAUUAGGACACUUAAACAGCAACCAUUUAGAGUUCAAGAGCAGGGAUGGGGAGAAUUUGAUAUACCGAUAGCAGUGCAUUUGUUAGGAAUAAGCGGUAAACUGGGAGAGAGGAAGCUCAGUCAUGAUUUGAACUUUUCACAGGAAAAAUACACUACUGAUCAUGUUAUUUCGAUUCCUACAAAUAAAAACCAAGCAUUGAAUAAGCUCUUGUUAGAAAGUGGUCCUUUACCUAACAACGUUGAUGACUUAAGCGUUAAGCGUAAAACCGACUCUGACUUGAAUAAUAAGGCUAAGAAGUCCAAGACAUCAAAUGGUAAUGCAUUUAAAGGUAAUGUGGAUUUAGAAAAAUUAGCCAACGGGUUGACAAAAUUGAAUGAAGAUGAUUUAAUUGUCAUUGUACAAAUGGUAACCGAUAAUAGAACUAAUGACAUGAAUAUCAAAAAUGAUGUGGAUAAUGGCGAGUUUACGAUGGAUCUUUAUACCUUACCUGAUUCUUUAUUGAAGAGUUUGUGGGAUUACGUUAAAAAGCGCACAGAGGAAGUUUGA